AUGCCGGUUCCCAUAAUCGAGACUUGCAGGAAGAGAAAGAGGAAGCCGAAAGUGUAUAAUCUGCAACGAUUCGGAGAAGAGGAGUUUCCGGUUAACCGGAAUGGAAGUUUCCGGGAUAAUAUUAGGGUUUUUCUCCGGGACUUCGCGGAGGUUGAGGAUUACAACAUCCGUGGGAUGCCAGUUUGGUGUACGCUUCUCAGUCACGAGACGAAGAACUCUGUGAUUCCUCUCUACACAAUUGAAGAAGAGGUCGUUCGAUCCUCGGAACCCUACUGCGAUCACUGCAAAUGCACAGGAUGGAGUAAUCACUUUGUCUCAAAAAGGAAGUAUCAUUUUGUAAUACCAAUUGAUACUGAGUGGAAUCUGCCUCUAGAAGAUGAUGUUUUUGAUCUACAAACUCAUCUUUUACAUGGACUGAUUCACACUAAUGGGUUUGGUCAUUUGAUCUGCGUCAAUGGUUUUGAAGGAGGAUCGAGAUACUUGUGCGGGAGAGAAAUCGUCGACCUUUGGGAUCGAGUAUGUACCAACCUCGGAGCAAGGAUGAUAACAGUUGAGGAUUUGUCUAAGAAGAGAUCUCUGGAUCUUCGGUUGCUUUACGGAGUGGCGUAUGGUCACUCGUGGUUUGGUCGAUGGGGAUACAAGUUCUGUCGUGGAAGCUACGGUGUGACCAAGAAUGAUUACGAGAGUGCUAUAGAGCUUCUUGGUUCUCUUGAGCUUGAUCAGAUUGUGUUUGAUUUCAGUGAGCAUAAACAAUCCAGAGAGAUCAAAAAGAUUUUCAGGUACUAUAGAGGAAUGAGUGAAGGACAUUUGAAGACAUUCAAAGAUCUGUUGGGGUUUAUGCUUAUCAUCAAGUCUCAUGCUCCUCAAACGAGCAAGCUUCACGUUGCUCCUCCUCCCUCACCGGACUUCCCUCAUCAGAAAAGAUCAAACAGGUUGUUUCUGAAGAAGAGUGAUGUCUUGGAAAAUGAGAAGUCUCUUGGAUAUAAGAGUUACAGCAUUGUGGCGGCUAAUUUGGGAAGUAGAUGGCCUGUGAGAAGAUUGGAAUAUGCUGCUGAAGUGAUUGUAGAGUCACUUAAAGAGAUGAAAGCAAGGAAGCAGAACGGUAUGACUCGGCAAGAUGUUAGGGAUGCAGCUAGAUUACUUAUUGGAGAUACUGGUUUGCUCGAUUACGUGUUGAAGUCGAUGAACAACGUCGUUGUUGGGAACGUUUUGGUUAGGCGUUACGUGGAUCCUAUGACACGGAUUCUGCAUUACACAAUACAGGAGCUUGAUGAUGCGACGAAACUGAUAGAACCGAAGAAAGAGCCUGCACUAGAGGUGAUUCCUUUGAGGGUUGUCACUGAAUCGAAACCUGGAGCUGAUGUUCAUGGAGAUCUACAGUUGCUCUACACAAAUGUUCUGCUGAAUUACCCAGAAUCUGAAUCAGUGAGAUCUGCAACUCAAGCUAUCCUAGACAGUAAACACUUCGUAAAGGAGUGGCCUUUAUGGGACAACAACGACAAAAUCUUCCGGUUUGUUUGUCGUAUCGAUCCAAGUUUGAUUGAUUUGAGGACAGAGCAGAUCACAGAGCUACCUCCAGGAGAAUUAGUCACGGUCUCAUUACAAGCCACAGUCUUUGAUCUAAAGCAAGCCAUUGAAGACACAUUCAGAGAUACUUACUGCAUCUUGACAAACUUUGUGGUGAAUGAGAUCGAUGAGCUCAAGGAAGAUGGUGAUGAUAGGAAGGUACUGUUUGGAAGACUCGAGUCUUGUUCUGCUUUAACAGUGAGAGGGUUUGGGAUUGAUAUGGAAUCGGAACUGAAGUUUCAAGGUGGAUGUGAAACAUGGAUGGUGAAAUGUGUUUGCAGAGCUAGAGAUGAUGAUGGAGAGAGGAUGAUUUCUUGUGAUGUGUGUGAGGUUUGGCAGCACACAAGAUGCUGUGGGAUUGAUGAUUCUGAUACUUUACCUCCGCUUUAUGUUUGUUCGAAUUGCUGUGAGGAUUUUGCAGAUCAGCAGAAGAAAGUUUUGCAGCCAAAGUAUGAGUUUCCUAAUGCAGAUCAUAUGUUGCUAAUUGAAGCAGGGGAUGAUUACUUUGGAGGGGAGAGUUCAUGUCUUGGAAUGAUGUUCCCUUCAGAGAGUUUCCUUAGUGAACAAUUCAUUUUGUAA